AUGAACACUCCAGGGGGCCUGCACUCGGACUUCGAGGCGCUUCUCACACGUUUCCAGGAGACCGACAGCGUCCGAUUCGAGGAUUUCACCGCCCUAUGGAGGGAGAUGAAGUUUCAUACUAUCUUUUAUGGCAGAACAAGACAUAUGGAAAAGAACAAAUUUACAAAGGAAGCUUUAGCUCUGGCUUGGAAAUAUUUUCUACCUCCAUAUACCUUUCAAAUCAGAGUUGGUGCUUUGUAUCUUAUGUAUGGACUGUAUAAUACACAGCUUUGUCAGCCAAAGCAAAAGAUUAGAGUAUGCCUUAAAGAUUGGGAUGAAGUUAUGAAAUUCCAGCAAGAUCUGACAAAUGCACAACAUUAUGAUGCUUCUUAUAUUCUUAGGAAGCUGCGACUGGACAAAGCCUUUCAUUUCACAGCCAUGCCCAAACCUCUGUCUUAUAGAAUGAAGAAAAAUAUUCCACGAACUGAAGUUACAGAAGAAUUUAAGGAACCAAAUGACCGGGUAAUGAAGCUCAUCACUGCUGAUACUUUAGAGGAAAUUAUGAAUAUCCAUGAUCAUUACCAGGAAAUGAAGCAGAUAAUUUCAGCUGAUAAAUCCCAACCUGAUAAAGCCCUCAGCUUGAUAAAAGAUGAGUUUUUAGUUAACAUUAAGAACUUGGUUUUAGAACAUAAACAGUGGCAUGAAGACAAAAAGAAGCUAUUAACAAAAGUUAAAAAUGAAGAUGACCAAAAAGAAAAGGAAGGAAGUUCACAAGAAUUGGAAGGUUCUGAAAGAGCAGGAGCAUUAGCUAAAAUAAAAUCGAAGGCCUAUUCAAUUGUCACUCAGGCAUCCAAGUCAAGAAGACAUCGUCAAGUUAAACUUGAGCCACUCGAAUCAGAAUUUGUUAAAAAACUAGUCAAGACACCUUAUAAUAAAAGAAACAAAGAAAAACUAGAAUCAGGAGAGGAAACAUCAUCUCAGAAUAAAGCACCUAAGAGGAAAAGAACAUGUUGAACAAGAGCCUGGACUACAGAGUUUUGUGAAAUUUGAAUUUUUGGACAGGAAGUGCAGCUGUGGGCAUUGAUCACAGCUCUGAAAGGUGGACUUCCAGACUGGGUCAGCUCUCUGCCUUCAUUCUCCCUUUGGAUUAAUUUUGCUGAGGACCUGUUUUCUUGGAAACCCUGGAUCAUCGCUGGAACAGGAGUGAAUUCAGAUGUGAGACAUCCAUUCCCCUUCCAGCCAGUCAGGCUAAACCAGGAAGCCUGGGCUAGUAUAGUGUAGAUCCUGACCCAGUUCCCAGUCCCUGAGUUUUGUCCUUAUAUAUCUAAUUUAGAGUGACCUCUCCCUACAUCUCUUACCCUUAAAUACAUUAUUA